UUUUCCUUCGAAAAUAUUGCAGCGGUCCUCAUGACUAUGUUUAUUUGGCGGUCUUUCAACUCGGGAUGCCUCACUUCUUUAAUUUGAGGCGAGUUUAACAUGUCGACUGGGUUACCGAGGUCACAGAAAUGGCUACAUCGCGAUUCACAACUGGCGGCUGACGCUGGAGUAACGUAUGAGGUUCGAUAUGUUGGUGCCAUCCCAGUGUUGACAUCCAUAAAAUCUGUGAAUUUAAAUACUAGGACUCGGAUUUGUCGUGCAUCAAUACGUCGCGUAUGCGAAGAAGCUGGUCUAACACUAUCAAGUAACCGACCGGUUGACAAGUCAAUUAAACGGUUCAUUGGGCCAUCUACUGAUAUGACAUGGGCAAUGACAAACGUUUACCUUACAAUUACAUCACAAACGCUCACUGUUGAAACACUUGGUAAUGGUGUGUUAUUAUUCCAGCAUAACCUAUUCCUCGUUUCUUUUGCUUCUGCUGGGGAAGCAGAAACUUCAGAUUUCAUUUGCUAUGUGGCCAAAAUAGAUCAAUGCACUCGUCUGUGUUAUGUUUUUGAAUGUUCAGAUGGUCUUGCUCAGGAUGUUAUCAUUACAAUUGGACAAGCAUUCCAGUUAGGAUAUCAGGAUUUCAAAAAUUCGAACCCACAAAAUGUUGAAAACCAAACAUUUCCUUCAUUUCAACCAAAUUCAUUGGAUUCUUUAUUUUCUAAUCACCAUACAUUUCAAACAAAUAUGCCAGUGUCUAAAAAUUCUGUUAUUAGUUCAAACAAACUUUCAUCUAUUAAUAGUAACAAUUGUAUACAUCAGGUAUCUGCUACUACCAUCACUUCCCAAUCAAAAGAGAAUGCGGCAUUAAUUCAAAACACUUCCAUACCUAAUAAUGAACUUACUCAUCAAUCAGUAGCUUUUGAUAAUUUUAUGGAUUUCGAAGAUAAUGCAUGGCUUCUCGGGAAUGAAAUGUCCACUGAUAGCCAAACUGAUGAUGUAGAAUACAACAAGCCAUCUUGUGAAGCUGCAAGAAAUCCUACCCAAUUUAACCAGAAUGAGUUAACGCAACAGCAGCUUUCUGAACAACAUUCCUGCAACGUUGAAGAAGUCACUAGUGCCAAAUCCAUCUCUGAUACAAAAUCACCAGUUGGUCUGCCGAAUUUCGAACAUUUAGAACCAGUUGGUGAACCUUGGUAUGUUGGUAAAAUGUCCAGAUCACAAGCCGAAAAUUUAUUACGUUAUGACGGUGAUUUCCUUGUGCGUGCUAGUAUUCAGCAGCCUGGUCAGUUUGUACUAAGUGGCCUUCAAGACGGAAAAUACAGACAUUUAUUACUGGCUGAUCCAAAUGGAAAGGUGCGUACAAAAGAACGAGUAUUUGACAGCAUACAACAUCUUAUUGACUAUCAUGUACAAAAUGGUGCUCCUAUUCGUUCACUUGACAGCGAAAUCAGAUUGAUAUUUCCCGUUUCUACGCAUACAUUUUGCAUUUCCUAGUUCGAUUCCUGUAUGAUCCUUGACAUACGUGCAAAUUGAUGAUAUACCAGCGACUCUUCAAUUUUAUCUUUGAUUUGCAAUAAUUUAACUUAACGCUUAAUGUUUUAGAUUAUGAUUUCUUUGUUAAUUUUAUAUUCCACAACAUUCCGAAAUUUGUGUAAAUUCAAUCGACUCACUUUUUAUUUUGCAUCAUGUAAUAAUAUUUGUCUGUAAUUUAUUUUACUUUUGCUACAUUAUUUUACUAAUAAAUGUUUUGCUUUCGCGCAUAUUAAAUACUAACAUUGGCG